GGGGAGGGGAGCGCGACUCCUCCCGCCCCCGAAGGAGGGACCAAGAUGGCGCCGGCUCCUUCCGCAGCCUCAGGGGCGGUGUGCCCCUCGCGGCCACGUGACUGCGCCCCUCCCCCUCGGAAUCUCCCUCUUUCGUUUGGUUGUUGACAGUCAGCAAGCUCAGCCGUGCUCAGCGCGGCCGGGCAGGUGGCGUCGCCCCCGCGUCGAACGCCGCGAGGUAAACAAACGGCUCCUUCUCCAGCGCGCGCCGCCCGCCGUUGGGCCCCUGAGCUGGGCGCGGGGCGGGCAGCAGAGGCCGAGGGAGCGGAGCGCGCAGCUCAUAUAGAAAUGGCAUUGCCCAGCAAAGAAGAGCACAGAUUUGGCUGGAUGGGUGGAAGGAAUCAAAACUAAGCCACUGACCUUCUGCUUAUCCAUAUGUUGACUGAAAGAGAAAGUCUCUGAAGGAACCAGGAGUUGCUUUUCUCUGGCUUCCUACUUGCAUCACAAAUCCAAAAAUACCGAAAUACUGGCAGGAAUUUUUGGCUACUUCUCUAAAAUCUGGCAGCAGCUCUGGCUACACUGGGAUCAAUGGCAGAUACUAAUAUGUGGAAGGAUGGCACAGAAGAAGUAUCUUUCCGCAAAGUUGAAGAACUAUUUGCGAGAAGACAAGAUUCAGCUGUGGAAACUGCCAUACACAAACAGCAACAAAGAGGCUGGUGAAGAGCUGAAAGAUCUCGCAUUGCAGUAUGCAGCAAGAUUAAAUUAUGCUGACAAUGAAAUAGAGGCCCUUCUCGAAGAAAUACGUUAUAAAGCAGUCCAGCGGGGAACAGGAAAUGAAGCUUUUAAGACAACCGGAGUUGCAACAUUUGAAGUAGCCUUGCCUCCCAGGAUCGGUAAAGCAAGAAAACAGGUCCUCGAGACAAAAUUGGUUAUCACGGGCAAGGAGCUCAGAUCUCAGAUAGCACAAACAUAUGGAUUUGAAGAAAAUUGCAUCAAAAUAAUUAUAAAUAAGAAGCAACUUGACCUGGGAAAAACAUUAGAAGAACAAGGCAUAAUGCACAAUAUCAAGGUCAUGGUGCUUGAGCUAAAACUGAGCGAAGAGGAAACUAGAAGAAAAGUCAGAGAAGAGGAAAUGCAACAUGAGGAAGAGGCUGCAAAGAAAAAAGAAAUGACUAAAAGGAUGCAAAGAACAAAAAAAGGCUUAGAAAUACUUGCAGAAAGAGAUGAUUCUUUGGAUCCAGAUUCAACACCUUACCUGGACAUCGCAAACCAAACUGGAAGAACAAUCAGGAUUCCUCCACAAGCCAAAAAGGCUCUUUUGUUAGCUAUGGGGCAUCAUGAGAAGGGCAGGGCAUUGUUGAAGAAAAAAGAAUAUGCAAUGGCUUUGCCUUUCCUGUUGGAUGCAGAUAAACACUUCUGUGAAUGUGGUUCAGAGCUCCUGAACACAGUUGAUAAUUAUGCAGUGCUGCAGCUGGACAUAGUCUGGUGCUACUUCCGCCUGGGGCAGCUGGAUUGCCUAGAUGAUGCUGAGAAAAAGCUCCUUGCUGCCCAUGAUUGCUUCGGAAGGUGUUACGGAGAGAACCACGAAAGACUGGUCACUAUAAAAGGAAGUUCUGGAAGAGAGAAGGCUUUAUUUUUAAGGCUGUAUUUGCUUCAAGGAAUAAGCCAUUAUCACAAUGGCAGAGAAAAGGAGGCUGCUGAAUAUCUUCAGAAGGCACAUGGUUUGUUUCAAGAGCUGUGUAUAGAUCCUGAAAAAGUCAGUAGCUUGUUGCUUCUGGGAUUCUCCGCUCAAGAAGCUCGCCUGGGUCUCCGUGCUUGUGAUGGGAAUGUGGACCACGCUGCCAGUCAUAUUUCAAACAGGAGAGAGGAAAAAGCUCAAAUAAGGAGAGAGGAGAAAGCUAGAAGGAGAAAGCGAUUAGAAGACAUAAACUCCUUGAAGAGCAUGGGCUAUUCAGAGCGAGCAGCUAGAGAAUCUCUUCACCAGGCAAAAGGAGAUCUUGAGCUUGCCGUUAAGAUUAUGCUUGAUAACCCGCAACAGCUCCUGCCAGAUGACGAUGAUCCCGUGCCAGGGGACCAGUUUCAAGCUUCCCAGGAAAGUAUUGAUCAACUGGUGUAUAUGGGCUUUACCCCUGAGGCAGCGGAUCAAGCUCUGAAAGUAUUUAAAGGGAACAUUCAGCUGGCUGUACAAACUCUUGCUCAUUAUGGGGGAUCCCUUCCAGCUGAUCUGCAGACCCCUUCAGACAGCACCACUCCCUCAGAUGAUUCCAGUUCAUCAAAAGACUCUCCUACUGAUUCUGCAGGCACUUCUGGGACUUCAACAGAUGAAGACAUGGAAGUAGAUGCUGUCAAUGAAAUCUUGGAGGAUAUUCCGGAACAUGAAGAGGAUUACUUGGAUCUAACGCUGGAAGAGGAAGAAUUGGUCAUUAAUGAAUACAUCUCUUACUUACAGCACUUACAGACUCAGUCCAAAUAGAAAGGGACUCUUAGAAACUUCAGUUACCUGUUAUAUGGGCCAGGUUUUUUGGAGCUUCAAUCCAGAGAAAACUGCAAGUUCCACUGAAAUCAGUCAGUUGAGCUAGGAAAGCCUAACAAGUCUGCUAGAUAUCUAUGGGAAUAAAGGGUAACUAACAGUCUAAGGUGGGAUCUUGCCUUUGAGUGCAAAUAUGCUUGACCCUAUCUUUUGCCAAAUGCCUUAAGUUCUGUCAGUUGCAUAGUUCUUAAAAACUGGUAUGUGUAAAAUCUGUAUUAUUUGAUUGUAAUUUAGAGCAACACUGGAGAUCAAUACCAAUAGUAGAAAAAAUAUUUAUAGAAGAAAUAUUUUUAUAGAGAGAGGUUCACUAUAUAUUGGUGUGAAAUCAUCCUAUUUAAUCAGUUGAAAAAAUACAAUCCAUUUUACAUCAAUUUACACUACCCAGAUUUUUUUUUAACUGAAUGGGCUGACAAAAUGCUUGCAUAUUAUCCCAGUGGGACCAGCACUGAUGUAUUCUGGUCUUAGAAAUAUAGACUCAAGGGUAUAGAUCUGAGAGUUUACAAAACUUUUCUUUCCAUCCUGUAUUUUAAAUCCAGCUGUAAAUCUGUUGUGCAUGAAUUCAAAAUGCCUUAUUUUCCAGUCUCUGUCUCAUAAUGCAGUAACAACCAAUAAAAAACACACUCAUUGCA